AUGAAUUACUCAUGUCAGGACUUAGAGAAGUUUGUUGCUCCUGUACUUAACCAACAAAUGGCACCAUUGAUGGCGAUAGUGGAUACAACUAAUAUCAGUUCACAUAUCGUCCGGUCAAUUGAAAAGCCAUUGCGGGAGAUGGUCAACGCCAAGUUUGACGCCUUACAACAAAAGAUGGACGAACAUAUGGAAGAUAACCGGAACCAGUUGACUGAAGUUAAUCAAGACAUUGCUACGUUACGGAAAGAAAUAGAAGAGAGAAUUAAACAGGACAUUGUGUCACUCCAGAAGGAAAUUGAAGAGAGAAUUACACAUGAAAUCCUUGACAAAGUGAAAAAUUUGACUAGAACUGUCAGUACCGAGAACAAAGAUCUGAAUGUGAAAGUAAAGAAUUUAACCAGCAAGAUGGACGCCAUGCAAUUGGAAUUACAACAAGAAGACGAACUUAUUGGAGAUAACCGCAACCAGAUGACUGAAGUUAAACAGGACAUUGCUACUUUGCGGAAAGAAAUGGAAGAGAGAAUUACCCGUGAAAUCAUAGACAAAGUGAAUAAUUUGACAAGAGCUAUCAGUAAUGUGAACACAAAUCAGGAUGAAAAGAUGAAGAAGUUAGCCAACAAUAUGGACGGCAUGAAAUUGGAGUUACAAAAAAAGAUUGAGGAACAUAUGGGAGAUGACCGGACGCAAAUGACCGGAGUAAAACAGGACAUUAUGUCAUUACGAAAGGAAAUGGAAGAGAGAAUCGUACGUGAAAUCCGUGACAAAUUGAAGAAUUUAACUAGAAAUUUCAGUAUCGAGAAAAAAGAUCUGGAUGAAAAGGUGAAGAAGUUAACCAACACGGUUGACCUCAUGCAGACGGAUUUAAAAGAUAUCGUAGUGUCGGUUGAUAGUAAUGUGACAAAUUUAGCAGAGAAACUGGAAAAUCAUUUGAGCAACUUGGAAAUGCUCCGUUCAAAUUUACUAGAAUUGACUGUAAACACAAGUACAAUUCAAACUGUGAUCGGUAACAUUAAGACUUCCGCUGAAAUUGAUAACGGAAGGUUAAGUGUUCAAGUCUCAAAGCUGGAAGAUUUAAAAGCAACAGUCAAUGAUAUGAACUUACGAGUUGCCCUUUCAGCAUGCGUUUCACCUAGUUAUACUGCUGUAAAAUCAACUGUUAUUAAAUUCCAGAAGAUCAUAACAAGCCAAGGAAUCACCUACCAACAUUUAACAUCAUUUAAAUCUAGUGGUGUAUUUGUGUGUGAAGUUCCGGGUCUGUACUAUAUAUCUGUCGUCAUUAUAUCGAAAACACAUGAUGCACAAUUCAUAAUAUCUAAAAAUGAUAUAGAACUAAUGAGGGGUUAUAUCAAUGAUUAUAAUACAGGAAAAGGAGUGUAUUGGCAAUCAAGUGCUGCAAUUAUGGUGACUGAAUUACAGAAAGCUGACCGUAUCGAUAUUAAACCAUCAGAUAAAGACAUGAUGAUAGCCGGCUAUAAUUAUUCGUGUCUUACAAUAGUGAAAGUGAAAUAAUGUGUAUAAUUGUUUCAAAAUAAAAAGAUAAACUUUC